CAUGACGUUCGUGGCCUAGUCGGCCAACAACACUAGAUAACACAGCACAGACGGGGAUAAGAUAAACAAGUCGGUGUAAAACCAACGGUUAGAUGGUUUCGCAACGUCUCUCAACCAACAAAUCUAGUCUGUCUGGUUCUCGUCAUUCGUUGGUUCGACAGUGAGAAUCGACGGGUGGAUUAAAAAAAAAAAAAACAAUUUAUAGAAGAUAGAGUACAAGAUGGCUACCGUUCCGGUAAUGAUUUAUCUACUAAUUUAAAUUAUUUGUCGAUAGCGAUCGAAUUAAUUAUAAGAAUGGGCGGAAAACAGAGCAGUACUACUAAUAGUCCAAGAGUACAUGCCAGUAAUAGGACCGGCGCUAAUUCUGGUAUAGGUUUAAGUGUUCUCGCACAUCAUCAUCUACGUGCUGGAAACAGUUCAAGAGCCGAUGCACGUCAAAGGGCAAGAAGUCUUUCUAAUGUGUGGAAUGGACACACGGGUCAACCUAUGACCAUACCCGCUAAUCACGGUGCAUAUGGACCAACUUCGGGUUCGCCGGACUCUGAUACUAGCACGCCCGAUGAUAUACCUUUUGGUAGAGUAUUUGCAGCUCAUUCCUUACCUGUGCAGUUAGUCUCUUUUAAUGGUAUUAAAUGCCCAGUUUGUUCCAAAUUUGUUCUACCAGAUGACGUAGAGUGCCAUUUAGUCAUGUGUCUCACUAAGCCAAGAAUAAUUUAUAAUGAGGAUGUUUUAACAGAAGAUAAAGGAGAAUGUGUUAUUUGCUUGGAAGAAUUAUUACAAGGGGAUACAAUUGCAAGAUUACCCUGUCUUUGUAUAUAUCAUAAAACUAAUUUUGGUUAAUUCUGUAGUUGUAUCGAUGCUUGGUUUGAAGUCAAUCGUUCCUGUCCGGAACAUCCUCUCGACUGAACUACGACAAUUUGGUUGUGAUCACACAAUCCUCAUUUGCCUAUAUAUUUAAUGCAUCGUUUAGUAUCUAUAUCAUCAAAGGACAACCUACAUAAGAUACAACACAAUGGAACUCAAGAGUCAUGCCAUCUGAUAACACCUAAUAGUGUGUCAGUGUUCCCAUCUUGUCAGCUGUGCCUUUUGCUACAAUAAUAAUGCAGGAUCGAGCAAAAAAAGCCACAUUUUGUGAUACAUGAUUCACCCACCACAGAGCAGGAUCUAGUUUUUUAUCAACAAAUACAAAAUGCCUUUUCCAUAUUGUUUUUAUAUACAAACAUAUAUAUAUAUGAAGAGAAAAUGGGUUUUGUCAAUUUUGUAGAUUUAGUAUAAAGCACUUACUUUAAAAAGAGAAAAAAAAAAUCAAAUUUUUUAUAAAAAUAUUGCCUUUUAUCUGUAUCAUCUAAAAGUAAAAAUCUUCAUUGAAAAAGACAUAUCGCUCAUGAUCUGCAUAAAGUGCAAAAUGGCAUUAGCACAAUUUGAUUUGUAAUAAGGUCUCAAUGAUAGGAUCACGAAUAAGAUCUCAAAAGAAUCAAGUAUCCAGCGAUAUAACUUCAAAUCAAAAUUAUGAAUUAAAUAUAUUUCUUUAAAAAUCUCUGCAUUAAAGAAUUUGAGCAAUGCAAAUGUUGCAUAAUUGUAUUUAUAUAUAAUUUGCACCAGUUCAGUGGCAUAUUACAAAAAUAACUCAAUCCUUUUGUGCCACAGACUAACUGUAAAAAUUGUUAAUCGACUAUUUUUGUUUUUCACAAAACCCAAUUACGUAAAAAGAUGGGUCAUAAGUGUUCUUGACAGUUUUUAUUGCAAUGAACUGUUGUUGCAUAGCAUUUUUAUAUGAGAAGUGUCAAGUCAAACUGUAGGGUGUUAAUAUCCGAAACUAUCCCUGGCACAGAUAUUUUCCUCUGUGUGAAUUUGUGACAGUUGGUAAUAGCUGUUGAGUAAACUCUUUAAAAUGUUACUCCUCUGUCAAUAUUGUCUGCUAAUUCAAAGAACUGUACAUACAGUUGAAAUAACUUGCAAAGUUAUAAAAUAAAAACAAAUAUAAAGUAGACAAAAA